UUCAACGGCCAUGACCGUGUUAGAUUUCAACUACCAGACACUAUUCUAAUAUAUUAUUUAUACGAUUUUGAACAAUAUAGAUAUUACAUCAUAUUUUUACUUACAUAUUUAGAUUUUGGAGUGAUUUUAUAAUCAAUAAUUUAAAUGUAAUGUUGAAUGGACUGAAAAUAGUUCCAAAUAUAGAUUUUAUAUUUUAUAUUUACUAAACAAUACAUAUUUGAGGCGAACUGAUUUAAAGUGCUUCAAGAAAAAAAAAACAACGAAAGCAAAGCUGAUACAAAUCUUGACCAAAAGAAGAAGAUUUUUAAAAGAAGAAGUUAAAGUGGUGAUGAUGCUAUUCAAAGUGUUUUUGCUUUCAUCGAUGAUGUUAUUGACUCAUGCUUUCAUCAUAUAUCUAUAAUAUAAUAUAAAGAGAGAGUUCACUAUUAUUAUAAAAACCAAGCUAAUGUAAUAUAUUUUCUUCCCACAAGUUGACAAAAAAAAAAGUAAUAUAUUUCUUUCCCCAGAAACACCGUAGACAUAAAUCAAUCUUCAAUUGGUAGUGAUGCAAUUUAAAAUCAAGCUACUAAAAUUGAAAAGUUUGUAGAAAGAGAGAUUUGUUUAUAUUACCUUAUAAAAAUAAACUUUUUAUUAAAAUAAAUUAUGCAAAUCCAUUGCAUUCAAUAUAAAUACAUAUAAAACAUUUGCUAGAAGUUCAGAAGAUAUUUGUUUACGCUACUUAAAUUUUAAGAAUCUCUCAACUCUUAAAAUUAUUAAAUUUCAUUCAAAUUCUUGUUCUAAUAACCCCCUCUUAGUUUCAUCGAUUGAUUUUUACUCAAUAAACUAACUACACCGAAGCUUCCGCUCACGGCCUAGUCUUUUAAUUAUUUUCUAAGCCUUAGAUAUUCUUUUUCCGAUGAGCUGUUGCCACAUGUUCACCACGCCGUUGACGACAAUGUAACAUACAUAUUAGUAUAUUACACACAGCCUGAUUACAUAGUACAUAUUGCGUACAUUAGGUCAUCAUCGAUCAUCAUAUGAUUCAUAUCCAAUGUUGAUCAUUGGAUCAUUAUCGGUCUUACGUGUGAACGGCCAUGACCGUUUUGGAUUUGAACUUUUGUCUAUAUAAGGGCCUUCUUUGCCAAAAACAAAAAAAGUCUAUAUAAAGACCUUACUUCCCUCACUUUCUCUGUCUAAGAAUAUUUCCUGAAUUGAAUAACAAAAAAAAGAAAAGAAAACAGAUUUGGUACUUGCCGCGUUGUGUUUACGCCGCAGGAGCCUUUCGCCCUCCUUCAAUAUACAAUGGAUGUCAACAGCCGCAGGAUCACGAACCAUCAGGUGUUCGUAAGUUUCCGAGGAGAGGAGCUUUGGUGUGGUUUCGUAAGCCAUCUGGUGGAAGCGCUUCAGAGACAUGGGAUCAACGUUUUCAUAGACAAACUCGAGAGCGUUGGCCAAGAUCUCUCCAACCUCUUCGCGAGGAUCGAGGAGUCCACCAUCGCUUUAGUCAUAUUCUCCAGGAGGUACACAGAAUCGAGAUGGUGCUUAGACGAGCUCGUGAAGAUCAAAGAACGUGCAGCUCAAGGCUUGCUCAAGGUCAUUCCAAUCUUUUUCAAAGUGGAACCAGUUACCGUGAAACAACUUCGUGGAGCAUUCGGUGAUAAGUUCAGGGAUCGAGAGUGGGAGUAUCGGUGCGAUAAACCAAGAACCGGUAGAUGGAAGGAGGCGUUAGCAUCUGUUUCUUGCAAAACAGGCCUGACCUUUGAUAGGAAAACUAAUGAGAGUACAUUCGUCAGGAUAAUCGUUAAGGAGGUCGAGAAAAUGCUACAACCACAAGGGAAGUUUGCGGUCCUUCCAUUUUCAGGAGGAGGUCAAGAUCAGAUGGAUAUAUCAAGAGACAGUGUUUUUGUGCACCAGAACUCUUACAUUGCUAACCAGAUUGUCCUAGUUUCCAAUACUUACAUGGACAUCGAAUAUCAGAACAGUGUUCUAAGGGCUCAGCUCGUUGCACUACGGGAUAGACUGCAGUCACUAAACUCUGUCAUUAAGAUGUCAGAAGGAGUCAUGGCAGAUGUCUUUCUCUUCACAGCCAACACUGGCCUCUGCUGAUAAUUUUUAAAUCUG